AUGGCCGAAAAGACGGAAAAAAUGGACGACUUACAAAAAAGACUGAAAAAAUAACUUAAAAUGGAUAAUACUCAAAGAGAAGUAGAGCCGAAGGAAGGAGAAAUUAGUGAUCUUGAAGAUGGGGAGAUUAAAGAUGAUGAAACCCCUGAAAAUCUGGCAAAAAUUCCGUUAAUUAGCGAGCCUCCUCAUCAAGUUUUGCAAGGCAGUGAUUUCCCUCGUUUCGAUAACACGAACACUGGAAGUUUCCAAGGUGGAAAUGUUAAUUAUUUUAAUGCAAGAAGAGCGAAACUACCCCGGAGAAGAGAUUCUGGGCCUCCUCCUAGGUUUAUUGAGGAGGAAARUCGGUUUAGGGAACAAGAAAGCCCUCGAAUGAGAACUCGACCUUCUUUUCUUCAUCACUCGAGUAAUCUGAACGUUCCGCGACAGGCCAACUUACCAUGGAUAAAGAAUGUGCCCAAGCUAGCACCAAACCAACCARCCCCAUUUACUCCUCCAAUACACAAGAGACCAAAACCCUUCCCACAACAACAGAGACCAAGAUUGCCCUCCCCAGAAGCAGAUAAUAUGGAUGAUUUUGACCUACUACUUGAGCGACAUAAACUUAUACAACUACAGCUUGAUAAAUUAGAGAGGGAAGAAUCGGYAGCGAUGCUCGAAAAUGAAGAUUUCAUAGAUGAUAGUUUUGUGGACAUUCCAGUAGACACUGAUAUCAAUAAUAUAAAAGGUGAUAAAGUGACAAAAAGUAUAGAAAAAGGAGAUUCUGGUAAAAAUACUUUAAAAACAAAUGAUAACGAACAGGAUGUGGACAAAAAUUUGCCAAAGAAUUUUGAGCCAUUUAAGAUUAAACCAUUGCGACCACCCGUACCUUCACUUAAGGAACUAAGUAACAGAGAACAACAAAAAAAUAUAGAUGAAGCAAUGGAUGGUUUAGGGUCUGUUCACAUCGGCAAUGAAACUAAAAAUAUUGAUGCUAAUCAAGAUGGUCAGAUUACCUCUCCAAAAAGCAACACUAUGGAGAAUUCUCAAACUAUUGUCCAAGUUACUGCCAAGAAAGUGAAACGCCGAAGACGCCGCAAAAGACAAAAAGAUAUGCGGAAAGCUAAUGCUCUUAAUAAAGGGAUUAAUAUCAAUUACUCUGGUAGGGAUUUUAACGUAGAUGUGCAUAGGACUGUAGAAGAAAAUACUCUAGACUCUCGUUUGAUGCAGUUGGCAUCGUCRUCAACAAUGAAUACUGCAGAAAUGGAGAAAAAGAUGAGGACCAGUGCUGAACAGCAGAAGAAGAGAAGAGAGAGACUAAAACAAUGGCAGCAGUCUCGCAAACAGGACCCCAAGUCUGAUGCAAGGUCUGGUAAGGGGCGUGGAGAUAAUUUGGAGAAGUAUGCAUCACCAGGUGGAAGACCUAUAUCAGAUGGUAAGGACUUUGAGACAGAUGACUAUCUGGAGGCUCCUAUGGACGUCGAGAGUGAUACACCAGAUGGUCCAGUUUUGCCUCUAAUUGAAGAGACAGGUGACGAUGUUCCUCCACCCCCUCCCCCUCCACCAGCAAGAGAACAAGAACUGAUGGCUUUGAUGCAGCAACAACAAAUGGCUUACAAUGCUUUUUCAGUCCAAAAUAUGCUAAACCAGGUCCAUGUUUCACCCAACAUCCAUGGCUUCUAUCCUCCGGGACAGAUCAUCUAUGGUGAUUGGUCUGGUAAUUUUGCUUCAGCAUCUAUGAAUAGGGAGGCUAUUGCUAAAGACAUGGUACCACCUUCUUCAGGGCAAGGAGAUCUUUCACCUUCACUACAAAACCAUAACAAAGAAGGCCAGAUAACACCAACAGAAGAAAUAGAAGAAGAAGAAGAWGAUGAUGAUGAUGAAGCUGCAUUACUCAGAGAGAUACUUCUGAAGUCUGUGGCUAAGAAGAGAGCAGCUAAGAGUAUUGACUUGAAGGAAAUGAAAUCCCAGUCAGCACCGGCCAGUCCAAGUACAGCAACAUCCAUAAAAGAGUCUGUUAAACCAACUGUUUACAAGACUACCAACACAAGCCAAGCUAACUUUAAGUCUGUUCAGCAACCAAAUACUAUUAAUAAGGUGCCUAUCCAGCCCCCUCAACAUGACCCUGUAGUCAUUCGACUUGGGGAAGACUCCGAUUCCUCUGAUGAAGAAAUGUAUCAACAAGAGAGCCAUAUACAGCAAAGAGGAGGGUUCUUUGGUAGUCUUGAUAUGAUGCUUAAACAAGCUAGAAAUUCAGUAGAGCCCAAACCAGAAUCUAAAAUUGAAAUCACAGAGGUGAUGACAGUACCCAAGACACCUGAUGCCUUGGCUCACUUACCAGAAGAAAGAAGAGCUGAAUAUAGGCGUCUGAAGGAACAGUUAGCGCAACAUGAAGGAAGAAAGACUAGACAACCAUUGUCAGAUAUCAGCCAGGAUAAAGAAUCCAAGUCAGAAAGUGAAACUGUAGAAGAAAAAACGGAUUCUGCAGAGGAAAGCAGAGAAUUGUUAGAAUUGAAAGAAAAAGCCAAGGUGCAUGAAGAAAAACUAACCAAGCACAGGAAAUCGUUGAGUGAAGAUCAAGAAAUGCUUGGAAAGAUGACAUCGAUGCUGAGUGAGAAAACAAGCCUUCUUGAAUUACAGGAAACCAGAGUUUCUAAACUGAGGAAACAAUUAGAAACAGCACAGAAAGCUAUGUUAAAUAACAGACUUGUUAUCAAGAAACUCCAUGAGAGGGCAAUCAAAGUCAAGGAUAGAGUGGCCAAGAAAAUGACCAUCACCCGUAAUAUAGAAGAGGACUUAUUACGAGUAAAGAGYAUGGUAUCAGCUGUUAGAAAAGACCCUGGUUUUUAUACUGGUAGUGACAGUAAUGAGAAUAAAGACACUAUGCAGGACCAAAGGGCAGGAGUUCCCAGGGCAGAAGGAUCUUUAAAGAGAUCAUUAGAUGAUUCUAGUAUUAUGAAUUUGAAGAAAGCCAAAAUAGAACCACCCCAGUCUCAGUCAGCCAAAGCUUYUCCAAGAAAGAGCUUACUUGCAGAAAGAAUAGCACAAGAGAGAGCACGGCUCAAACACUUGGAACAAGAUCUGGCUGAGAGAUUAAGUCACUUUACAAAAUCUCCAAGAAAAAGUCAGGCAAAUGAAAGUAAAAAGGCUGUUGAAUCCAGUACCAAACAGCAGCCAAAGCCAGAAGAAAGUACUGUUCGUCCAAAAAAGGAGGGUAAUUCUUCAAAGACUGUUGAAAAAACAGCUCAAACUGCCGUUCUUGGAAUUGCUCAAGAUUCUUCAGCUCCAAUGGAAGGAGUGGAGACAAAUCAACAAGAAAUGGAGAGUAUAGAGUUCAAUAUUGACGAUAAACAGUUAGAUUACAUCAAGAAACUACAGGUUGAAAAAGAAAAGAAAGGUCCUACUUUCCCUAAAUCUACACAUGAGAUACCUCAGUCAGYGCAUAAGAAAACAGCUUUGUGUAUAUGGCUUGAAUCAAACCAUACAGUCCUACCAGUACUAGAUGUUAACCCUAAUAGCCUUGACUGGUUAGGCAGCUCUAGUAUGUCAAGAGAAGAUGAUGAUACAGAGGARUUGGCGGAAACAGAAGUCCAUAAGAGCAUUUCUGUGGCCUCUUUUGAAAGUAUUCUGCUGUAUUUCAGAUCCUACAGGCUCUCUCCAUAUUUUCGCACCAAGGCRGGACUAUCUCUCAGCUCUCUCACUUUCACAAACAAACUGAAUCCAUUCAAAACUCUUUGUGAUUAUGAACUAAAAGGAGCAUGCAAUGAUGAAGACUGCAAGCACCAACACCGCCAUGAUUACACCCCCACUGACACUGAUGCCAUCAGAGAUCUGGCAUCAUAUGCAAUACAAGCAUCRGAAAAAUUGUCGCAGACUGUUAUAGAAAAAAGGAUUAAUUUAAUAGUGGAAAAAUUCACCAAGCAAUAUAAAGGAAAAAUUCCAUUGGAUCAGUUAUUAGUAUUACUUGUGAAUAGUAUUAAAAAAGAUGGGAAAAGAUCCACACCAUUUAAUAUAAGUGGGUCAGUUCUAUCGACAUYACGACUGCAGAAUCAACAUGCAACUGAUGAAGAAGAGGGUAGAACAGUUGAUAGAGGAAGAGGGGUUCAGUUUAAACAAAAGGAUGAAAGAAAAAUGAAAACAAGUGCUGAUGAAUCGAGAAUGGAAUGCCAAGAGAUUCGCUAUUUCUCUGAAAUUUACAAUAGCAUCAAAACACUGACUGAUGCWGUCGAAGAAACACCAUCAGACAUAGCAUUAUGGAUUAAGUUAUCUAGACUUCAAUUACAUCAAACAAAUGAUGAUAAYGAYGGCAAUGGUGAAGGACAGGACAUUGGUCUCAUGCAGUGUUUGAAUACCUUGUCAAGGGGGCUUGAGGCUAAUCCAAACUCUGAGGAGCUUUGGCUUGAGUACUUAAAGCUCUUCAGGCUCCAAGGACACCCUGAUGAACACAAAGAGCUUUGCGAACAAGCUAUAGGGUUCACACCUACCUACAACAUYUGGUGGCAUUACCUUGACUCUGUCMACACUUACGACAGUAAACGAACAAUAUGUAUAAGGUUACUCAACCACCUAGUCAAGCAAGAACAGCAACAAAAAGAUGAACKUCACUCUCACAGACUCCUUGAAUCUCUUCUGUACCUUGUUCAAUUGGAGCUUUACACUGGAAGGYGCAAACUGGCUUUGCUUGACUUUCAAUCUGCAAUUAGRAAGAAGAAAACAACAUCUAAUGAUGAAAGCAGUAUACCGAAGCUUACCACCAAGAUAUCAGCACAGGAUCUUUGCCUGGCAUGGCUAGCRUAUAUCCAUGUAUUGGAAUUCCACAGGCUACCAGCAAUAUGGUUUGACCCAAAGAAUGGGCGUCCAGCUAGAAUGGUUGCUAAGGAUACGUUUGUGUUUCCAUGGCAGCCUGGUGGUGGGACCUCCACACCCAGUGAGAAGAUACUUGGAAUGUUUCAUGAGGCAUUACGUGCAUGUACACUCCAUAACAAGGCAACAUCGGAUAAAGUUGUGCUCUGCCUUCCUCUCUAUCAAAACCUGCUUGCCUUGGAAAGAGCUCAUGGGAGGCUGGACUCAGCGAGAGGAAUUUGCAGAAGACUACUCCAGGGUACCCCUGGUCAGGUGGAACUUUGGCAGUGCCUUGCGGCCCUAGAGGAAGCCACAGGUAACCCAAUGCAGGGUUUGGUUAUYUUGAAUGAAGGAUUGCAGAAAUGUAGGUAUGACUGGGAGCUGGCUUACACUACYGCAAGACUGCAUCUUGAACAGGGGGAGGCAUUAAAAGCAAUAGAGACACUGGUGUACACCAUCAAAUCAAGGUACAAUGAUCCAAGGAGCACACAAGAAUCUCCCAAGAACCUUGCUGCUACAGACUCGAGUACAGUUGAUCCCAUAUUACUGUACAGGAAAUUGCUAUUUUACUGUUGGAACUAUCUCCCAGCAUAUCCCCCUUGUGCCUUCAGUACAACCUCUCAGCUGAGUCAGCCUACGAGACAGCGGUCCAUACUCUAAUAAACAGAAAUAAUGCACAGGCAAUAUGGCUGGAGUAUCUCUUCUAUAAGACGUCAAGAAUGACAGCACACACUGCAUCAUCCAAUUCAGAUUCUCUAAAGCCUUUGGAUGAUCUUGUGAAUAGGUGCCUUGUGUCUGUUAGUGCUGGUAAAACCUUGCCUUACUCUACAUCAGAGUCUUGGUUGGACUACAGCUUUCACAACCAGGUCAUCAAUCUGUACCUUGGUUGUCUCCCACAAUCAUUAUGGUCAGCUGUAUAUAACAAGUAUCUUAAGCUAUAUCCUAGCAACCUGCAGUUAGCCAUACGGGCUUGUGAGCAUGAAGCAAGCACAGGAUGUGUUGACCAGGCCAUCAAGAUAGCUUCAAUCUUCUUAGCCGAGCACCCAUCAUCAAUCACUAUGUGGAAAAUAUUGAUCUCAUUAAACCUUCAAAGAAAACACACCAAGGAGGCUCACAAGUUGUACCAGCAGUCAACAGAUGCACUUCCAUUUGCCGCAACACUCUGGAAAGAU